AUGGUCUAUCGUGGAAAGCCUAGUAAAGCGUGCUCGGAAUGUCGAAUCAAGAGAAGAAAGUGCGACUUGUCGAGACCAGCAUGUCGUCAAUGCGUCAGAGCUGGCUCUACAUGUGAUGGAUACCGAGAUGCAAACUAUCUUACCAUCCGAGACCAGACUGCCGAGACUGUGGGCAAGAUCCCGCUCUUUUCCGAAAACAACGCGCUUCAUAUCUCGUUUGACGGCAACCAGGGUGGCUCUGCAGGACCCAGACCAUCCCAGCCGGCGCAGGUUUACCACUCCAAGGAGCGACGCAGGCAUGGACCCUGGCUCAGAAUUGAAAUACCACUAGAAGACCAGGCUCUGCAUUUCUUUUUCCAUCAUUAUGCCGUGCACGGCUCUUCCCAGACCUACAGUCACCCCGACUGUCGCAGUAUUAUCUACGCAAGGGCAACCGGGUCCGGAUAUUUGGCUAGUCUCAUCACUGCAGUUGGACUAGCUAGCCUGGCAUAUGUUGAAAGUGCACCUACAUUGACCCAAGCAGCGAGCCGGACGUUUUCUCGCGCCCUUUGCGAUAUACGCGCGGCACUGGAGGAUCCAACCGAGGCAGCGUCCGACCAGAUGCUCGUUGCUGUGAUGCUUCUAGCGUUGCAUGAAACUGUCGCGUCUGAUUUUGAUGACGAUUCAAACCCGUGGGAUAGACACGUGGAUGGAGCUCUGGCGUUGAUACAGCUCCGAGGGGCUGCCCAGUUAUGCAACAGGAUCAGUCGAUGCAUUUUUCUCAACCUAACUACCGAAAUCCUUAUAAACUGCCUCCAGCGCGGGGUGCGGGUACCCAUCUUAUUGAUCAACUUGAUGGCCGAUGCUCGAAAGUAUGAAACUGCGCAAGAAGAGCCUGCUACUAGGCUAGCAGACAUGAUUGUCAGUGUCUGCGCGAUAAUAGCCUCGGGCAAGGAAAAUAUCAUGCGUGAAGAAGAUUUAUCAUCUUAUAUCUCUGCACUUUUGUCGAUUGAUACAGAUCUCGAGUGCUGGACACAAAUCCUCCCAGCCGAGUACGAGUAUACCACUUUAACCGACUCAGACGAUCUGAGAGCAACAAAGGCGUACAUAGGACGAUACGACACAUAUACUAGCGUCGAGAUCGCCCACACUUGGAAUCUGCAGCGGUGUGCGCGCAUUACUCUCCGCCAGGCCCUCCUCGAAACGUUGUCGAAACACCCCCACAGACCGUCUUCCCAGCCAACAUUACCGUUCUUACCUCCAUCGAUAUCGUACACACGCCUACUCCAUUCUUCAGACACGGUGAUAGAGGAGAAUACCCGCGAUAUAUGCUACAGCGUCCCAUAUAUUGUCCAUGGUUGUAACAAAGCCAGGAAAUCGAGCGACUUGCGCGCAGCUCGAAUCUUGCAUUUAUUGUGGCCCCUUUACAUUGCAGGGAUGGCGCGUACUGCGGACGAUACCUUGCGCUUUUGGGUUGCCUUGAAAUUGAAGAUGAUUGGAGAAGUCACUGGGAUUCAGGAAGCGAAGCGUAUGGCUUUGAGUGUACGGCGUCAGUGUUUAUCGUUGGAAACACUUUGA